AUGACGGGCGCCAAGAACGUAAUGCAACAUUUCGCCCAGAUGAAAAGUCAGGCAUGGUUUGCCGGAUUCAUCCCCCCGUUCCGCUCUGGGAUAAGGUUCCAGCAGCUCAAACUUAUGGCAGAAGCAGUGCUCCUUGCUGUCACUAAGAUUGGUUCUGUUCUUGGAGAUGAAAUUGCCAAGGCCAUUAUAAAUAAGCUGUCUGAAAAAGUUCAAGCUCUGAAGGAACUCCCACGUAAAGUGGAUCAAAUAAGGAUGAAACUGACAAUCAUGAGCAAAGUUAUACAGCAGAUUGGCACAGUCUACCUUACAGAUGAGCUUGUCAAGAGUUGGAUUGGGGAGGUCCGGAAGGUGGCUUACCGUGUUGAGGAUGUAGUAGACAAAUACUCAUACCAUCUUCUUCAACUAGAGGAAGAAGGGUUCCUGAAGAAAUAUUUCGUCAAGGGUACCCACUAUGUCCAUGUUUUCAGUGAAAUUGUUGCUGAGGUAGCGGAGAUAGAAGGGGAGAUUCAGCAAGUUAUUCAGUUGAAGGAUCAGUGGUUGCAGCCAUCCCAGCUUGUCCCUCACCAUGACCAACUCGCUGAGAUCGAAAGACAGCGUUCCCAAGACAGCUUCCCAGAAUUUGUCAAAGAUGAAGAUCUAGUAGGAAUUGAAGAAAAUAGAAAACUGCUGACUGGAUGGAUUUACUCAGAAGAGCAGGCUAGCACAGUGAUAACAGUUUCUGGUAUGGGUGGACUGGGAAAAUCUACACUGGUUACAAAUAUUUAUGAACGUGAAAAGGUCAACUUCCCGGUACAUGCUUGGAUCGUUGUGUCACAGAUCUACACAGUCGAGUCUCUGCUGAGAAAGCUACUCUGGAAGAUUGGGCAUAUGGAACCACCAGUGCCAAGAGAUAUUGACAAAAUGGAUGUACAUGACUUGAAGGAAGAAAUAAAGAGAAAACUCCAAAAUAGAAAAUGCUUGAUUGUAUUGGAUGAUGUUUGGGAGCAAGAAGUAUACUUCAAAAUACAUGAUGUUUUCCAGACGCUCCAAGAAAGCCACAUCAUCAUUACAACACGAAAGGACCAUGUUGGUGCUAUUGCUUCCUUUGGCCACCAUCUUGAGCUCCAACCGUUGUGUGGACCUGAUGCAUUUGAGCUUUUCUGUAGAAGGGCUUUCCACAGCAAGAAGGACCACAAAUGCCCCGAGGAGCUUCAGGAAAUUGCUGGUGAAAUAGUGAAAAGGUGUCAUGGCCUGCCGCUAGCAGUUGUUACAAUCGGCAGCUUGUUGUCAUCAAGACCACAAAUAAACAUUUGGAAUCAAACAUACAACCAGCUUCGGAGUGAGCUGUCAACCAAUGAUCAUGUCCGAGCAAUCUUAAAUCUAAGCUACCAUGACCUAUCUGGAGACCUCAGAAACUGCUUCUUGUAUUGCAGCUUGUUUCCUGAAGACUACCCCAUGUCACGCGAAACCCUUGUGCGGCUUUGGGUUGCAGAAGGUUUUGUUCUGAGUAAAGAAAAGAAUACACCAGAGGAGGUGGCUGAGGGAAAUCUCAUGGAACUGAUCCACCGUAAUAUGCUUGAAGUUGUAGACUAUGAUGAGCUUGGCAGGGUUAGCACUUGCAAGAUGCAUGAUAUCAUGCGGGACCUGGCACUUUGUGUUGCCAAAGAAGAGAAGUUUGGUUCUGCAAACGAGUAUGGUGAACUGAUACAGGUGGACAAGAAUGUUCGUCGCUUGUCCUUAUGUGGGUGGAAUGUUAAUGCGGCACCUAAGGUUAAAUUUCCAUGUCUUCGAACUCUUGUGGCUCAGGGAAUAAUUUCAUUCUCCCCUGACAUGAUUUCCUCAAUUAUGUCUCAAUCAAGCUAUUUGACAGUUCUUGAGCUGCAAGAUUCUGAGAUCACUGAGGUUCCAACAUUUAUAGGAAAUCUCUUUAACCUUCGGUAUAUUGGGUUAAGGCGCACCAAAGUCAAGUCACUCCCAGAGUCCAUUGAGAAGCUCUUCAACCUCCACACUCUGGACAUCAAACAAACUCAAAUAGAGAAACUACCACGAGGGAUUGUUAAGGUCAAGAAGCUAAGGCACCUUUUGGCUGACAGGUUUGCUGAUGAGAAGCAGACAGAGUUUAGAUAUUUCAUCGGAGUGGAAGCACCGAAAGGGUGCUUUCCUAACCUGAAAACACUAGUCCUGAAGAAAAUGCCUAACGUCGAGCAGCUGGAGAUUGGACAUGGUGCUCUUCCAUGCAUCGAAGGUCUGUACAUCAUGUCCCUAGUGCAGCUGGAUAAGGUCCCUCAAGGCAUCGAAUCGCUUCUCUCCCUCAAGAAGCUUUGGCUUCUGUACCUGCACGCGGAGUUUAGGACUCAGUGGCUGACGAAUGGGAUGCACCAGAAGAUGCAGCAUGUUCCAGAGAUUCGCGUCUAG